AUGCCGCCCCAAAUAAAACAGGACCUCAACCGCUCGGGCUGGGAGUCGACCGACUUCCCCUCGGUCUGCGAGAACUGCCUGCCCGAGAACCCGUACGUCAAGAUGCUCAAGGAGGACUACGCCGCCGAGUGCAAGCUGUGCACGCGGCCCUUCACCGUCUUCCAGUGGUCCACCGACCGCGCCCACGGCCGCAAGAAGCGCACAAACGUGUGCCUGACCUGCGCCCGCCUCAAGAACUGCUGCCAGUGCUGCAUGCUCGACCUGUCCUUCGGCCUGCCCAUCGUCGUGCGCGACGCCGCCCUUAAGAUGGUCGCCCCGGGCCCCCAGUCCGAGAUCAACAGGGAGUUCUUCGCGCAGAACAACGAGAAGGCCAUCGAGGAGGGCAGGGCAGGCAUCGAAGAGUACGAGAAGACGGACGAGAAGGCCCGCGAGCUGUUGAGGAGGCUGGCGCAGAGCAAGCCGUACUUUAGGAAAGGGAGGACAGUCGACGAGGAGGGCAAUGCGACUGGCGAAAGCUCAAAGGCUGGUGGGAGCGCGACAGGCGGAAACCCCGUGGUGGGCGCUGGCCUGGGAGGCGCUGGUCCGAUUCGGUCGCGAGACUCGAGGGCAGCUGGUGCUAUGGGCGCGGGACCCAGAGGAGGCAGGCCAGGAGGACCUAGGAAAGGCGCAUUCCCCUCCGUGGCGCAACUACCACCGGGGCCGAACGACUGGAAGCCGCCUGCCGAUAAGAACAUCAUGUCGCUGUUUGUCACGGGUAUCGAGGACGACCUACCAGAACACAAAAUUCGCGAUUUCUUCAAGGCGCACGGAAAGAUCAAGUCGCUGGUGUGCUCGCACAUGUCGCACUGCGCGUUCAUCAACUACGAGACCAGGGAGGGUGCGGAGAGGGCAUCAGAGGCGUGCCAGGGCAAGGCUGUCAUCGCCGGGUGCCCGUUACGGGUGCGAUGGAGCCAGCCAAAGGCUGUUGGAAAUAUGAACCGCGAGGAGCGAUCUGAGAUGCUGAGGGACGGACGGUCGGCAUUUCCACAGGCGAGGAGGACACAGGGAGGGCAGAAGGCCGUCGAGGGCGGUAAUGCCACCGGAGCAGGUGGCAGCGGCGCCCAACAGAACGACCUCGAAAACCUGGCAGUGGCCGCGCCGCCCGGUGCGUCUGAUGUCAACUAUGCCAGCCUGUCUGGCAACUGA